AUGCGGCUUUUGGUCACGGGCGCUUCGGGGCUGCUCGGCCGCGCGGUGGUACAUGCCGCCGAGCAGGCCGGGCACGAGGUGACCGGUAUUGCAUUCUCACGCGCAAAUGACCGCCUUGCGAGGGUGGACCUGACCGACGCGGCGGCCGUCGAGGCGCUCGUGGCGCAGGUGCGGCCCGAUGCGGUGAUCCACACCGCGGCCGAGCGGCGGCCGGAUGUGAUGGAAAAGGAACCAGACGCAGCCCAGGCGCUGAACGUCGAGGUGCCGGCGACGCUCGGCAGGAUCUGCGGAGGCCUCUCGCCCCCGGCGUACCUCGUGAGCCUGUCGACCGACUAUGUCUUUGACGGACGCAACCCGCCGUAUGCGACCGACGCGGAACCGAAUCCGCUCAAUGCGUACGGACGCAGUAAGUGCGAUGCGGAAAAGGUCGUUGCGGAUGCACCGGGGCCGACGACCAGCGUACGUGUGCCGGUCCUGUACGGCGAGACGACGUACGAUGCCGAGUCGGCGGUCAAUGUACUUCUUGGAAAUUUGCUCUCGGAUGCGCCCCGCACGGUGGAUGCACACUCGAUUCGGUACCCUACGAAUGUUGCCGAUGUGGCGCGUGCGCUUGUGGCGCUGUGUGAGCUCCAGCGUGGAAAGGAGGUGCCCAAGCUGCUGCACUUUUCUGCCGAAGAGGCCAUGUCCAAGUUUGACAUGUGCCUCGUGAUGGCGCGUGCGUGGAACCGCGCAUGCGGCGAGCAGGUCGUGUCAGCGGACCACCUCGAGCCAGAGUACGAGGCGGAUCCGAAUGCGUCGACACAGCGCCCUGGGCGGUGCAAACUCGAUACGAGUGCGACCACGGCGCUGGGCAUCGACGUGUCCUGCGUCGAGUUUGAGGCUUGGUGGGAAGACUACUUUAGGCGGCGUGGGCCCCCAAAGAGCGAGGAGGAAGAGGAGGGGAAGGAGGACAAGGACGGCCAUGGCGAAAGUGACGAGGCACAGGGCGUGCAGGCGACUGCGGACGAUACGCCCAACCACAGCGAGCCUGCGGCGGAUGCCGAGGCCAAGGACCAGGAUGCGCCUAGCGGGGCCGUGGCGGCGUCGAAUGCGACGGAAUCGGAAGCUAUUUCGGAUGCGAAUAAUGCCAAGACUUUGGACGCGCCUGACGCCGCCAAGGAUGUUCCUGAUGCGCCUGACGCCGCCAAGGACAUGCCUGACGCGCCUGACGCGCCUGAUGCGCCUGAUGCGCCUGCCGCUCCCGACGCUCCUGAAACUGCCAAGAACACUCUUGAUGCCUCAAACCUCGCUUCCGACCCUAAUGAUGCUUCUGAUGCCCCUUCCCCUCCCCCAAAAGACGCGGCCUCGCUCGAAGCUACGUCGCCUGACGACGACGAGGCUCGCUACGGUACUCCCUCGCCGACCGAUACCCCCGCCCCGCCCGAGCCGGCGGCGAGCUUCGCGGUGCGAGUCUGCAAUCCGCAGCGUGUGAGCGACCGCGUUUCGUCGCAUGUCGUCUACACGGUGCGUGUCACGACCGACGCCAAAUGGAUCGAAAAGAACGAGCUCUCUGCCCUGCGGCGCUACAGUGAAUUCCGCUGGCUGCACGCCGCCAUGGUGCACAACCACCCUGGUGUGAUUGUUCCCUCGAUUCCCGAAAAGGUGAAGCUGAACAACAUGGCGCCCGAGCUGGUCGAGUUCCGCCGCCGUGCGCUUGAGCAGGCGCUGCACAAGAUGCUGCAGCACCCCUUGCUGCAAAAGGACGAGGACCUGCUCAUGUUCCUGCAGAGUCCCAACCUUGCUGCCGAUAUCAAGGCGCGCGACCAGGUCAAAGGCGCGGUCAUUACGCCCGAGCAAAAGACCUACCUCGGCUGGAGCCAGUCGCUGAGCACCUCGCGCUUCCGCGAGACGGACGAGUGGUUCAACCAGCAGCAAGAGUAUCUUUCCCAGCUCGAGGCGCGCCUUGCGUCGGUCGUGGCAGCGAUCCAGACCCUUGCGCAGAGCCGCCAGGAGCUUGCGGCGGCGCAAGAGGGGCAGUACAAAAGCCUCGUGGCUCUGUCUGGCGGCACGCUGUCGCGCGGCGUGUCGACGUGCUUUGGCGCGCUCGCCGAGAUGAAGAAGCGUGCGGCCGACGCGUCGUCUGCGCUCGCGACGCACGAGGCGCAGGUCCUUGGCCUUGUCUUUCACGAGUACGAGCGGCUGAUUGGCAACGUGCGCAAAGCGUUUGCGACGCGCAUCGAUGUCUGGCAGGCGUGGCAGCGUGCGCACGACGACCUGAACAAGCUCAAGGCGCGUCACCGCCGCUCGAAUGUGGGGCACCUCGAUGCGCAGAUGCAUGCAUUGUCAAGUGCCGAGCUGCUUGCCGCUGCGCUCCAUUCGCGGUUUGAGGACGUGUCGCAGCUGUGCAAGGCAGAGAUGCAGCGUUUUGAGCGCGAAAAGGUCGCCGACUUGCGUGCGGCGCUCGCCGAGUACGUGCACACCUUUCAGACCGUGCAACAAGAGACUAUGGACGAGCUGGCACACUGCGAGGCGAUCGUGAAGCGCCAUGCGUCGCGUGGAAAGGGAAAGGGCGAAAAGGGUGCGGAGAGCGAGGCGGCUGGCAAAGUUGAGGCACCGGUCGAGGCAUCGGGCGAAGCACCUGUCGAGGCACCUAGCCAUGGUCCUGAGACCGAGGCUAGCAAUGGCCCCAAAGCCGAGGCUAGCGAUGCCCCUCAAAGCGAGGCAUCCAACCAUACCGAGCCCGACGUCCCUGCCACGGAAAAGCCGGGUGUCCCUCCCACUGCCGAGGCGACCGCGGACUCGACCGCCGUGCAGUCCACUGCCUGA